AUGCAAAAGAAAGUGGAUGCCGUUUUGGACCAGUAUUUGGCGGCAGGGCUCAUUCAACAUUCCACGUCUCCGUGGGCUUCUCCUUUUGUUAUCAUUCCCAAGAAGGACGGACCGGUUCGCAUCACCGUCAACUACAAACGUCUCAACGCUCUGGUGGAUUUGGAUGGACAACCUCUCCCUCGAGUGGACGGUAUCUUGGAUUCUCUGUACACCGGGAAAGUGUUCUCCAUCUUCGACCUCAACUCGGCUUUCCACCAGAUCGAUUGUGAUGAAGACACUGUCCCGCUCACCGCCUUUUGCACUCCCACGCAGUUGUUCGAAUGGCUUCGGAUGCCGCAGGUAGCCAACGCAAGUCCGUCUUGGUUCGUCAAGGUCAUCAACAGAGUCGUGCACGGUCUGAAACGUGUGCUUGGGUGUCUGGACGAUGGCACCUGUUUCGAUGAGGAACCUCUGGGGACACGUACGGAACAUGAUCGAGUUCUUCAAACGGCUGCGACAGUGCGGCCUCUCAACUCUCUUCUCAAACAAGGCGUUCCCUUCAAGUACACCCCGGGCAUGGUCAAGGUUGUCAAAACGUUGUUAAGCGAACUCGCUCGCCCCCCGAUUUUGGUCUUCCGCGAUUGGGCAGCAGUCGAGGACAACAGCCGUCCUCUUCGAUUGUGCUCCGACGCGUGUAUCGACGGUUUUGGCGCCUCCUUGGAACAAGAACAGCUCCAUGGCUCGGUGAGACCCAUUGUGUACAUCAGCCGCGCUACUCUUCCUGCGGAGCGUAACUGGACCGUUUUGGAGCUGGAGGCUGGUGGCAUUGUUUGGGCCAUCAAACGCCUUCGCGGUUAUCUAUGGUCGACCAAGAUCAUAAUCUAUUCGGACCGCAAAUCAUUGGAGAGCAUUGGCAAGGUCCCGCUCGACAAACAAGACCUCCCGGACCGCCGCGCGUCUGCUGCAGCCAUCCGCGUCGCCGGCAUCGGCGUUUUCGUCGACUGCUCCUGCGCCGCCGGUGUCUUCGCCGUCAGCGGUGCGCUCUGCAUCACCGUUUUCGCCUUCUCUACAGGUUUCGCCCGGGACUUCGCCCCUCACGAUGUCCCCUUCGCGGACAUCACCACGGACUACGGUUGCCAGUCGCUGGGGCUUCGCCUUCUUCAGCCUCUUCCGUUGGAUCGCCUGAUUUUCUUUUGGAAUCUCCUGAUUCGGACACCUCCCACUCGCGGGCUUGUGUUCAGAGUUUCAGCACUGUGGACUGGGCUAGGGAACAACAGCGGGAGAGCGAGUGUGUGGUGGCUAUGCGUUUUUUGUCUCGCGGUUCUCCCUGCCCACCCCCCUCCGGAUUUGCUCACUCUCCGUGCUCCUCUUCGCUCCCCUCGGGGGUCAGGUACGGUCGUCGGCGUCGACUUCUUCGGACCUCUGCCAGUGACUGCCAAAGGCAACUCCUACAUUUUGUUGUUCAUAGACCGUUUCAGUCGGAGAGCCGACAUGUUCGCGGUUACAGCCGCGGAAUUUACGGCGAAAGGGACAGCUCACAUCUUCGUCAACCAGUACAUGACCAAGUGGGGAUGUCCGACUACGUUAUUGUCGGACAACGGACUGCAUUUCUGCUCGAAGCUCUCCAUGGCGACCUACGAGAUGAUGAAAAUCAAGAAGGUCACCACCAGCUCCUACCACCCGCAGACCAACGGCGGCACGGAACGCGUCAAUCACACGAUGGCCCACAUGCUUGCGGUGGUCGUCAGCGAACAGCAAAACGAUUGGGACGUCCAUCUCCCGCACGUUGAGUUUUCCUACAACAAUUCCGUGAACCAGUCUACUGGACUGGCGCUAAACGAGAUCCACAUCGGACGCAUCCCGCGACUUCCGCUUUCGGUCUUCGAUUAUCCCACGUUUACCGUGGGCGGGUGGGCUUGGGUGCACAACACGGCUGCUACGAUUCGACAGAGUGUGCAGAAGGACACGGACCAACAGGUGCUCAAGGGCAAAUUCGCACUUUCCUGGACGGGGCCCUGCAAAGUUCUCGCGGUGGGUCCCGCUUCUGCCGACGCCACUCCGGACGGCAGCCCGUUGGCGCGUAAACUUCUCUACCUGGACCUGCCUUCCGAUCUUUCCGGCCCAGCGGCUCGAUGUCGCGUGUCUGUCCUUUGUUGCAAGCCCUGUCGCAAUCCGUACGAGACGGACGACUUGCCGCAAUCUCUACCCGCCGAGCUUUUGCGUUGUUUUCUGCACACUUUCGGAAAUAAGUGUCCAUCGUUCCACGUCACCGCGGACGAUGUGUCGGUGCCUAUCGGGCGUCUCGAGGUCGACUACAUCUCGGGACAUCAACUGGUGCGGGGCCGUAGCGGCGUUCUCGCUGUCCUGUACCAGACGCAUUGGUUAGGCCUAAUCACUCCUUCAUGGGAACGGGAAUCCGACCUUGACCAAUUUCGUCGACACAUCCUCUUGUACUGGUCCCGGGAGGUCUGCCAAAGCAAGCAGGGGAUGGCUAAUGUUAAGGAGUGUGGCUGCUAGCAUGAAUAGGGUUCAUCUUAUUGUUGAUAGGAUGCGGGUCGGUCAGGAGGUGUUAGGCAAUCAAGAAGGAGCUGGUUUCUUCGCCCCUCUCUUGUGCGGUCCACAGCUGUGUUCUCUCGUUGUACGUCGGUUCUCAACGUACAUGACUGCUGGAAGCUGCAAUCACAACAGCAAAGUGGUGUACCUAGAGCGAUAACCAGUCGUCCUGUGUGUUUACCAAUAAAUUAAGUUCCCUGUCGUUCGAAGAGAAUGUCGUAAAGCAGCAUGGUAAGGACACAGGCUUCCCUCGUUGGGGGGAGGCCCAGGUCGCAGUGGGCUUUACCCACUACUAGGGGCUGGUAGUUCUCUCAGUUGAGAUUUAGAGAGGGGUUUGUCUAUUUACGCCACCGGUGGCGUUUGUCUAUUUACGCCACCGGUGGCGCAAUUUCGGUCGUUGGAAAGUUAUGCUCGAAAAAGGGGGCUCGGCAUCAAAAGGCGGGCACCAACCACAUAUUCCACCGUAACUCCGUGGCCAAAGCUCCAAUCGACGUCAAACAAAUUGCGCUGGUCGACGGACGUCCAUAGCCAUCGUUCAAGCCAUCUGGGACGUCCAUCCGACCAGUAGAUGCCGAGAUAUGCCCUCCCACGGGGGUACAGUGCCACCGUAGGGCGGUGGCGCAUAUAAGCUUAAGUACCCCCGUGGGAGGGCAUAUCUCGGCACCUACUGGCCGGAUGCACGUUCCCGAUGGCUUGCAUGAUUGCUGUGGGUCAUAGCUACACAACACAAGUCAGUUUGUGCCAAUUGAAGCUCUGUGGGCGGAGAUAAGAGCGGUGGCGCAUAUAAGAAAUUGCGCCACCGGUGGCGUAAAUAGACAAACACAAUUAAAAGACGUCAGUGCUAGCGGAUAAAAAUCAAGGUCCCUGGAAGGGGGCCAAAAUUCGAAAAAUGCGCAAUGCGCUUGAUGCGAAUGCCAAUACGACUCUCUCUACAUGUUCUUUCACGAAGACACACAUCUCAGCUACACAAAUGCCCUCGCUCGAACCUAGGAAGCCACUGAUGCAAAGAGCGGAGGACAGCAAAAGGGUUAUUUCAAGCCCAGCCGAAGCCAGGAUAUCGUGGUGUGCUGCAUCUCCCAACUUGAUAACCGUACACUCCCAAGAUCCAACAGUCAUCGUGUCAGCAGCUAGGUGGCUUAAACAAAAUAGCAACACAUAGUCUACACUGCCAUAGCUCCACACAUGCCCUCGCCCGAACCUAGGAAGCCACUGAUGCAAAGAGCGGAGGACAGCAAAAGGGUUAUUUUAAGCCCAGCCGAAGCCAGGAUAUCGUGGUGUGCUGCAUCUCCCAACUUGAUAACCGUACACUCCCAAGAUCCAACAGUCAUCGUGUCAGCAGCUAGGUGGCUUAAACAAAAUAGCAACACAUAGUCUACACUGCCAUAGCUCCACACAUGCCCUCGCCCGAACCUAGCAAGCCACUUGGAAACCACGAGGGAGCCAAGUCCUGCUCGCAGGUUCUCUUGGCUUUCCUUCAGGUUCUCUUGGCUUUCCUUCAGGAGGGGGUAAACACCAGGGCUUUUUCCUUCUUUUUAUUUCUUUUCAUGCCCCACCUUCCUCCUGCGGUGCGUGCUGAAUUUUAUUUUUAUCGCGAGUAAGGGUCCAGUCGUCCCUUUCCCUCGUCAACGGUGCUAACGUCGAAGUCUGGUACUCACGAGAGCUUGUCAGCUAUAUUUCACUUUCACCCGCACAUUUCGUAAAUUUUUCACCCCAUGGGGAUUC